CUCACUUAUUACUAAUUGGGCGUUAGUUGUGAGUUUUUUCAUUAAGUGUUAAAAGUAUGGAUGAAAGAGACUCGAAAAAGAAGUCGAAAUCCUUAGGAGUGUCGUUUCGGAAAAGAAGAAGGGAGACUCAUUUAACCUUGGAAUCAUGGUUCAAGCCGAGCGGCACUCGAAGGCCGACAAGUCAGAGGCCAAACUCGACGGUGGGCCCCCGGCCCAAUUCGGAAACCGACAUGGACCAGCAGGACGACGAAGAUUACGUGAAAAUGAUCGCGACCAUGUCCGAGAAAGACGUCAACGUUAAGAUCGAAGAGAUGCUGAGCGACAUGAAUUUGAACGACGACAAAAAGAAACCGCUAAGGGACAUGCCCUUAGAUCAGAAAAAGAACAUGCUCGUUAUGCAGAAAAAAAACAAGAGCCAACAGGACACCGGUAAUCAUCAGUACCUCGAGCAGCACUUGCGCAGCGACAUCCAGCUGAACAAGCUGCUGUCGUGCAUUGAAAGCUUGAGGGUUGCGCUCGCGAACAACCCGCUGUGGUGGGUGGAAAAAUUCGGCAGCCAAGGCAUGAAAUUAAUCAUGAAAGUGCUCGAAGUAGGCCUCAAACACAAGGACGUGAAGCUGCAACACGAAUGCUUGAAGUGUCUAGAGAAGUUCAUGAACAACACGACCGGCAUAAAAUUGUUCUUCCUCAGCGACAAAGGUCACGUGACGGUGGCUAGAUGUUUGGACCACGAAAAACCGAACGUGAUGAUUCAGGCACUGAAGAUUUUGGCGCCGGUUUGUUUUCUGCAAGAAGGCAACGAAGACGGGGCCAGAAAAGUGCUUUUGGCCGUGACGAAGGUCGCCGAAGAGCAGGACAGAGAAAGAUUUCUACCGAUAGUCAAAGGCAUAACCAAGACGAACAACGCGGAUCUACAGAGCAUGUGUUUUCAAUUCAUCAACGCCCUAUUGUCGGAGACCGAGGAUUUCGAGUUCCGUAUGCAUCUGAGGAACGAGAUAGUGAGAAACGGACUCUACGAUAAACUCCUGGAACUGAAGAACGAAACGAAUCCGAUAAUCAAAACCCAGUUCGAAAUCUUUGAACGGGACAAGGAGGCCGACGCUGACGAGCUCCACGAACGCUUCGACAAGGUGAGGAUAGACACGGACGACAUCCAAGAUUGUUUCGAAGUGCUGAAGAACAUGACGUUGGAGACAUCGUGCGAGCCUUAUUUCUUGAGCGUGCUGCAGCAUUUGUUGUUCAUCAGGGACGACGUUAAUAUCAGGCCAGCUUACUUUAAAAUUAUAGAAGAGGUGGUGUCGCAAAUAGUUUUGCAAAAGUCAGGGCUGGACCCGGACUUCAAAAGAAACCACCUGGAUAUAGAUCUUCAGCCGCUUUUAGACGAACUGAAAGAAAGACCGCCGUCGGUGGACUCGGGCAAAGUGCUAGAGCUGCAGAAGCAGCUCGAGGAAGUAUUGGCGGCGAAGGCUGAAGCGGAGGCGAAGCUCGAAUUGCUCCAGGGUCGGACUGGUAACUCCGAAGGCGGAAAACUGGAUCCGUCACUGGUCGGAAAGGUUAAUCUGCCGCCUCCUCCUCCGCCGAUGCCCGGAAUGGGAGGGCCGCCCCCACCACCGAUGCCCGGAAUGGGCGGUCCUCCCCCACCACCGAUGCCCGGAAUGGGAGGGCCUCCCGCACCGCCGAUGCCCGGAAUGGGAGGGCCGCCCCCACCACCGAUGCCCGGAAUGGGACGGCCGCCCCCGCCACCGAUGCCAGGAGUGGGCGGCCCCCUACCUCCGCCUAUGCCAGGAAAAUUGCCUCCACCCCCGCCCGGCAUGGGUAUGCCUCCGAUGCCACCCGGCAUGGUACCAUUGCCCGGUAUGGCCCCCCCGGGCGUCUUACCCUACGGCCUGAAGCCGAAGAAAAAGUGGGAAGUGAAGGGACCGUUGAAGAAGGCGAAUUGGAAAGCUAUCGUGCCCCAAAAACUAUCGGAAAAGUCGUUCUGGGUGAAAGCGAAGGAGGAGGAGCUGGCGGAGCCCGACAUCCUCGAUGGUUUGGCCAAGAAGUUCUCCACGAAGCCUCUCAAGUCUACAGAAGACGAUACGGAUAGGAUCAGCAACAGCGGCACAUUAAAGAAAGUGAAAGAGCUGAAGGUUUUGGACGGUAAAACGGCGCAAAAUAUCAGUAUUUUGUUAAACGGUAGCUUGAAGCACAUGGCUUACGAUGACAUAAAGCGGGCGCUUCUCAGGUGCGACGAGAACGUUCUAACGGAGAACGUCACGCAGCAGUUAAUUCAGUAUUUACCCCCGGCCGAUCAACUGGCAAAACUUCAAAGUCUGAAAGACUCUUACAAGGAACUCACGGAGGCCGAACAGUUUUGCGUGAAAAUGUCGGAAGUGAAGCGGCUACUUCCCAGAUUGAAGUCGCUGAGUUUCAAGCACCAUUACGUGGAAAUGGUUAACGAUACAAAACCGGAUAUCGUGGCCGCCACCGCCGCCUGCGACGAGGUGAAAAAGAGCAAAAAGUUCGCCAGAAUCUUGGAGCUCAUUCUCCUGAUGGGCAACUACAUGAACUCCGGUAGCAGGAACGGCGGCGUGUACGGCUUCGAGAUGAGUUUCCUCACCAAGUUGACCGGAACAAAAGACGCGAACAACAAAACCACGUUGCUCCAUUACAUCGCUGAAACGAUCGAGACCAAAUGGCCGGACCUGUUGAACUUUUACGACGAAAUGCCUCAUGUGGACAGGGCGUCUCGCGUGUCGCUCGACUCGAUACAGAAAACGCUGAGCCAGAUGGACGGCAGCGUGCGGAAUCUAAAAACGGAUCUGACGAACAACAGGGUGCCGCAGGGCGACGACGAUAAAUUCGUCGACGUAAUGGACAAAUUCGCGGAGGAUGCCAGAGAGCAGUGCGACAUAAUGCAAAAGAUGUUCAAGAAGAUGGAGGGCUUGUACAACGAUCUCGCAGAGUAUUAUUCGUUCGACAAGCAGAAAUACACGCUGGAAGAGUUUUUUACGGAUCUUAAGACUUUCAAAGACAGCUUCAUACAAGCGAAAUCGGACAACCAAAAGGAAAGGGAAAUGGAGGAGAAACGGGAAAAGGCUAGGCUGGCGAAAGUGAAGCAGGAUCAGGACAAGGAGGAGAGGAACAAGCGACGGUUGAUCGAUAUGAACCCGACGCAAACGCAGGAGGGCGUCAUGGACAGCUUCCUGCAAGCCCUGUCGACAGGCAGCGCCUUCGGCAGGGAGCAGAAGCGAAAACGGGGGCCCAGACCUGCCGGGGAUGCCCUUUUGGAAACUUUGUUAGAGUGCGAGAUGGAUCUCAUCGAAGCGGAAAGAAGAGCACAACUUCAACGAUCGAGAUCGAGGACGGGUCUUAUAACUGGAAGGGAACUAACUAGCGAAAUAACGGCGUAAGCCAAUCCAAAGUGUGACAAACGAACUGACAACGAAUCGAUUUUUUAACGCUCAACUUUUGAAAAAUACGAAGAAAUAAGUUUUUAUACAUAGAGAGUGAUAAAAGAGAAUAAUUUAUUUUAGAUUAACGCUUUCUGUACAUAUUUUGUAAGUAUAUAUUUGUAUAUUUUGGAUAGGUAGCUUAAAUAAGGAAUCUCCCGUGAAAAAAAACGAUAUUUCGAGUUUAAUUUUUUGUUGUUUUUGCAAUGUUAGGAUUUUUUUGAUUUCAACGUCUGGAACUAAACUAACGAUGAUACUAAAAUCAAGUUCAAAAUGGUUGAAAUUUUUCAUGCUGAAAACUAUUUAUAUAAAUUGCUUAUAACCAGGAGGAAUUUGCUGCAAUUUAUACCAUACUUAAGAAGCAAAGAGACUAUCGAAAAAUGUA